CAGUUUGCUGUAGUGAAAAAAUGCCGUGAGAAAAGCACUGGUCAGCAGUUUGCAGCAAAAUUCAUCAAGAAACGGAGAACGAAAUCCAGCCGGCGUGGAGUAAGCCGGGAAGAUAUCGAGCGAGAAGUCGGCAUACUAAAAGAGAUUCGACAUCCUAAUGUGAUCACGCUGCAUGAUGUUUAUGAGAACAAAACAGAUGUCAUUCUUAUUCUGGAACUUGUUGCAGGUGGAGAGCUCUUCGACUUCUUAGCUGAGAAAGAAUCUCUCACGGAGGAGGAAGCCACAGAAUUUCUCAAACAGAUACUUAAUGGUGUUGAGUAUCUCCACUCCCUGCAGAUUGCCCACUUUGAUCUUAAGCCUGAAAACAUAAUGUUGUUGGACAGGAAUGUACCAAAGCCUCGAAUCAAGAUUAUUGACUUUGGCUUAGCACACAAAAUUGACUUUGGAAAUGAGUUCAAAAAUAUCUUCGGAACGCCAGAAUUUGUUGCUCCUGAAAUAGUAAAUUAUGAGCCUCUUGGUCUUGAAGCAGAUAUGUGGAGCAUUGGUGUAAUAACUUAUAUUCUUUUAAGUGGUGCAUCACCAUUUCUUGGAGAAACCAAACAGGAAACAUUAGCAAACGUGUCUGCUGUGAAUUAUGAGUUUGAAGAAGAGUUCUUCAGUAAUACCAGUGCACUAGCUAAAGAUUUUAUACGAAGACUUCUAGUCAAGGAUCCAAAGAAGAGAAUGACUAUUCAAGAUAGUUUGCUGCACCCUUGGAUCAAGCCUAAAGACACCCAGCAAGCACUUAGUAGGAAAGCAUCUGCAGUGAAUAUGGAGAAAUUCAAAAAGUUCGCAGCACGACGAAAAUGGAAACAAUCAGUGCGUUUAAUAUCCUUGUGCCAAAGAUUAUCAAGAUCUUUCUUGUCCAGAAGUAACAUGAGUGUCGCUAGAAGUGAUGAUACUCUGGAUGAGGAAGAUUCUUUUGUGAUGAAAGCAAUUAUUCAUGCCAUCAAUGAUGACAAUGUUCCUGGAUUACAGCACCUUCUGGGAUCUCUGACAAAUUACGAUGUCAAUCAACCCAACAAGCAUGGAACACCUCCACUACUGAUUGCUGCUGGCUGUGGAAACAUUCAGAUGCUUCAGUUGCUUUUAAAGCGUGGAUCCCGAAUUGAUGUUCAAGAUAAGGCUGGAUCUAAUGCAAUCUAUUGGGCUUCUCGACAUGGUCAUGUAGAAACGCUGAAAUUUCUCAAUGAUAAUAAAUGUCCUUUGGAUGUUAAGGAUAAGUCUGGGGAGACCGCCCUCCAUGUCGCAGCUCGGUAUGGGCAUGUGGACGUGGUUCAGUUUCUCUGUAGCAUUGGGUCCAAUCCAAACUUUCAAGACAAGGAAGAAGAAACCCCACUGCAUUGUGCUGCUUGGCAUGGCUACUACUCUGUUGCCAAAGCACUCUGUGAAGCAGGUUGCAAUGUGAACAUUAAAAACAAAGAAGGGGAGACUCCGCUCCUGACAGCAUCUGCUAGGGGAUACCAUGAUAUUGUGGAAUGCUUGGCAGAACACGGGGCUGAUCUUGAUGCAACAGACAAGGAUGGUCAUAUAGCCCUACACCUUGCCGUGAGGAGAUGUCAAAUAGAAGUAGUUAAAACUCUCAUCAGUCAAGGAUGUUUUGUGGAUCUCCAGGACAGACAUGGCAACACUCCCUUGCAUGUGGCCUGCAAAGAUGGGAAUGUUCCUAUUGUGAUGGCACUCUGUGAAGCAAGUUGUAAUUUGGAUGGCACUAAUAAGUAUGGAAGAACACCUUUACAUCUGGCUGCAAACAAUGGCAUUCUUGAUGUUGUCCGGUUCCUGUGUCUUACAGGUGCCAAUGUAGAAGCUUUAACCUCUGAUGGGAAAACAGCAGAAGAUCUCGCCAGAGCAGAGCAGCAUGAACAUGUAGCCAGUCUGCUUGCAAGACUUAAAAAGGAUACGCACCGGGGGCUUUUUAUCCAGCAGCUGCGGCACACACAGAAUCCGCAGCCCCGGAUCAAACUGAAGCUGUUUGGACACUCUGGCGCUGGGAAAACAACCCUCGUGGAGUCUCUCAAGUGCGGCCUGAUACGAAGCUUUUUCCGAAGACGUAGGCCUAGGCUCUCCUCCACAAGCUCAACCAGAUUCCCCCCAUCUCCUUUGUCUUCCAAACCUUCAGUUUCAGUAAGCAUUACAAAUCUUUAUCCUGGAUGUGAAAAUGUCAGCGUGAGAAGCCGUAGUAUGAUGUUUGAGCCGGGCCUGACCAAAGGGGUAUUAGAAGCUUUUGUUUCACCUGCUCAUCACUCUCACUUCUCUGCUGACGACCAGUCCACCAAGGCCAUUGACAUUCAGAAUGCCUGCUUGCAUGGAGUUGGCGAUUUCAGCAUCUGGGAAUUCUCGGGGAAUCCUGUAUAUUUCUGCUGUUACGAUUUUUUUGCUGCAAAUGAUCCCACUGCAAUUCACAUAGUGCUUUUUAGUCUCGAGGAGCCUUAUGAAAUCCAGCUAAACCAAGUGACCUUUUGGCUCAGUUUCCUGAAAUCAUUAGUCCCAGUUGAGGAGCCAAUAGCAUUUGGUGGAAAGCUGAAAAGUCCCCUGUGCGUUGUUUUGGUCGCCACACAUGCUGACAUAGUGAAUCUUCCUCGGCCUGUUGGGGGAGAGUUUUGGUAUGACAAAGACAUAUCGUUGUUGAAAGAAAUCAGGAACAGGUUUGGAAAUGAUCUGCAAAUUUCAGACAAGUUAUUUGUCUUGGAUGCUGGAGCAUCUGGGUCUAAAGAUAUGAAGCUUCUCCGAAAUCACUUGCAAGAAAUAAGAAGCCAGAUAAUUUCUACUUGUCCACCUAUGACUCAUCUGUGUGAAAAAAUAAUCUCCACGCUGCCUUCAUGGAGAAAAAUGAAUGGGCCCAAUCAGCUGAUGUCCUUGCAGCAGUUUGUGUAUGAUGUACAGGAACAGCUUAAUCCCCUAGCAAGUGAAGAGGACCUACGGCAUAUUGCACAGCAGUUGCAUAGCAUAGGAGAAAUUAACAUUAUGCAGAGUGAAACUGUGCAAGAUGUUGUGCUUCUGGAUCCUCGCUGGCUCUGUUCAAAUGUCCUUGGAAAAAUCCUGUCAGUGGAGAACCCAAAAGCUCUCCAUCACUAUAGAGGUCGGUACACUAUAGAGGACAUCCAGCGUCUGGUGACAGACAGUGAUGUGGAAGAACUGAUACAGAUUUUGGAUGCCAUGGAUAUUUGUGCAAGGGACCUUAGCAGUGGAGCAAUGGUGGAUAUUCCUGCUCUCAUAAAGACUGACAAUCUCCACAGGUCUUGGACAGAUGAGGAAGAUGAGGUGCUGAUUUAUGGUGGUGUUAGAAUCGUUCCUGUGGAACAUCUUACCCCAUUUCCGUGUGGAAUUUUUCAUAAAGUUCAGGUGAAUCUCUGCAGGUGGAUUCAUCAGCAAAGCACAGAGGGAGAUGCUGAUAUACGUCUGUGGGUAAAUGGAUCAAAGAUUGUGAAUCGUGGAGCUGAGCUUUUAGUGCUGCUGGUCAACCAUGGUCAGGGUAUAGAGGUUCAAGUCAGAGGACUGGAAACAGAGAAGAUCAAGUGCUGUUUACUCCUGGAUUCUGUAUGCAGCACCAUUGAUAACUUAAUGGCCACAACCUUACCAGGCCUUCUGACUGGGAAAUACUACCUUAGUCCUCAGCAGCUGAGGGAACAUCAUGAACCAGUAAUGGUCUACCAGCCUAGAGACUUUUUCCGUGCACAGAGUCAAAAGGAGACAGCACUAACUAACACUAUGGGGGGAUAUAAAGAGAGCUUUAGCAGUAUACUGUGUUUUGGGUGUCUUGAUGUCUACUCCCAGGGAAGCCUAGGAAUGGAUAUUCAUGUUUCUGAUCUGAAUCUACUUACCAGGAGAAAACUAAGUCGACUUUUGGAUCCACCUGAUCCUAUGGGCAAAGACUGGUGCCUUCUGGCCAUGAACCUGGGCCUCCCUGAUCUUGUUGCAAAGUACAAUACAAAUAAUGGAACACAAAAUGACUUCCUCUCGAGCCCAGUCCAUGCCCUUCUGCAGGAGUGGAGUAAUGCUCCUGAGAGCACUGUAGGUAUUCUGAUGUCCAAGCUGAGGGAAUUAGGUCGCAGAGAUGCAGCAGACUUUUUACUGAAGGCGUCUUCUGUAUUCAAAAUAAAUUUAGAUGCUAAUGGUCAAGAGGCUUAUGCUUCCAGUUGCAACAGUGGCACAUCUUAUAACUCGAUUAGCUCUGUCGUGUCACGGUAAGAGCAGGUAUUUUGCAUGGACAUCUUUUCAAACUGCAGAAAGGCUAAAAGAUACAGUACAAGAGUUUCUGUGCAUUUUCAUUUAUGAGGGUCAUCAAAGGGUCUUUAUCCUUCUCCAGCACCACCUUUUUUACAGAAUCACAGAAUGGCAAGGGUUGGAAGGGACCUUGGGAGAUCAUCUAGUCCAAACCCCCUG